AUGUCUGGCCCAGACAUCAAGACACCGUCCGCCAUCCAGAUCUGCCGGAUUAUGCGGCCAGAUGACGCCAAUGUGGCCCGCAAUGUAGGCUAGACCAUCCUGAAGAUGACCGAGGAGGCGGGCGCCAUCAUCAGCACCCGGCAUCGCAACCCCCAGAAAGGGGAGCGCUGUGUGGCCGCUCUGGUUUGGGUCGAGUGCACCGACUUCCUGUGGCCCAUGUGCAUCGGUGAGGUGGCCCACGUUAGCGCGGAGAUCACCUACACCUCCAAGCACUCUGUGGAGGUGCAGGUCAACGUGAUGUCCGAAAACAUCCUCACAGGUGCCAAAAAGCUGACCAAUAAGGCCACCCUCUGGUAUGCGCCCCUGUCGCUGACGAACGUGGACAAGGUCCUCGAAGUGCCUCUUGUUGUGUAUUUCCGGCAGGAGCAGGAGGAGGAGGGCCAGAAGUGGUACGAAACCCAGAAGCUGGAGUGCAUGGAGACCAAGUGGAGGAACGGGGACAUCGUCCAGCCAGUCCUCAACCCAGAGCCGAACACUGUCAGCUACAGCCAGUCCAGCUUGAUCCACCUGAUGGGGCCUUCAGACUGUACCCUGCACAGCUUCGUGCAUGAAGGCGUGACCAUGAAGGUCAUGGACGAGGUCGCCGGGAUCUUGGCUGAACGCCACUGCAAGACCAACCUCGUCACAGCUUCCAUGGAGGCCAUUAAUUUUCACGACAAGAUCAGAAAAGGCUGCAUCAAGACCAUCUCGGGACGCAUGACCUUCACGAGCAAUAAGUCCGUAGAGAUCGAGGUCUUGGUGGACGCCGACUGUGUUGUGGACAGCUCUCAGAAGCGCUACCGGGCCGCCAGUGUCUUCACCUAA